AUAGUCUUAUUUGUUGUUGCAUGUUUGAAGAAAUUAUAGCAACGUUGGUUGCCAAUUAGUGGAUUUUAGUUUCAGUGAUUGAGAGAAUUUUUCGAUGAUUUUAAGAAAAGCUCCCAAAGUGUCUUCUGAUUGUAGAAAGGAUUCGAAAGUGCGGAUUGCUUUGGAUAUUCGAUCCUGACCGAGGAAUAAAAGUGUCAAUUCAGUGUCACGGGGAGGAAUCGCCAAGCAUCGGAGUAGCAGCAAAAAAAAAGUGAUUCCAGUCUGUAGGAAGAGAUAUUUAAAUCAACAGACAUCGAAGAAAAGCGACGAAACUCGACAUGAAGGCGAUAAUUUUAUGUGUCUCGUUUAUGCUGGCGUGCGCUGCAGGUCAACGUAUCACCACAAUCCAGCUGGAUGGUGUUCAGUACUUUGUAAGCCGGAUGAAUCCCUACUCGCCGGAAUUGAACUACUUCCUAGCCUACCAGUACUGCCGGUCACUCGGUCUGCAGCUGGCCUCGUUUGAAACCAAGGAGAAGGUCGAAUCCAUGACGCAGUACCUGACGAAUGCCGGCUACAGCAAGUACAACUUCUGGACGUCCGGCAACCGACUGGGCACGGGAAUGUUCCUCUGGAUGAGCACCGGUUUGCCAUUCAACGCCACCUUCGACUACUUUGAAAAGUCCUCGGACGCCACCACCGGGCUGGACCCACUGGAUCACAACAGCAACACCUCGCCCCAGCGCACCGCCCGCGACAGCAGCAGCGGUAUCGAGCGGGGCUGCGUGCACCUCAAAGCUCCCUCCCUACGGUGGGAACCCGAGGACUGCCUGGCGGUGAAAGAUUUCAUCUGCGAACAGACCAGAUGCUACUACUACAACUACGGUAGCAUUCCCGUCUCGUCGGCGCAGGGCCGUCCAAUCACCACCUCAUCGACCAUUUCAUCAGGCUCACCCGUUGAAUUCUCGGCUGCCCCCCGUAUCCAAACUACUCCCAUUCCGGUAACCUUCGCAUCCACCACCUUGGCUCCUCGGCUGGAAGAAACUUCUCCUCUGGCAGCGCUGCUGAACAUCAUCCCAAACGCGGCAUCGCCCGAAGCAGACAGCAGCUUGGAGUCUCACAGUGACGAGGAAAGCCUGUUGGACGAGGACGAAGAAGAACAUGAUGACGAAGAGCACGAAAUCGAAGACGAGGACGAAUCCGAAGGUCGUUCCCAGCAAGACGACGAUUCCGAAGCCCAGGAAGAACAUCAACAGCUUCACGAAGAGGAGGAACCCGUCCCCGAAGAACAUGACAUUCCCGUCGAGCAGAAGCUCAAGCAGAUCACUCGGGAGAUUGAAGAGAUGACACAUUCCGACCGGGACGUCGACAACGGACGCCAAAGUUUCCUAUCGCUGUCCGAUCUGAUCAAAAACAUCCGCCCGGCGGAGAAGGUUAUCCCUCAGAUCGAUUCGUCCUAUUCGAAUACCAUGCGCGUUCUUGGAGAAGCCAUCACUCAUGGAGAAAGUCGAGCGGUCAAAGUCUGAGCACUGUGAAUCACUCAUCAGCUCAUUCUCACCUCACCUCUCACGCACACCCGCAUACAAUCACACUCACCCCAUUGACCAGUACAUCAUAACUUCAUCACGCAUAAUAGAUUAUAGAUUUUUUAUAGCAUUAUGAUCACAAUCAUCAUUCGAAAUCAUGCACUCUUGUCUCUCAAUGAAUCACCCCUCGUCAUCGUUCGUUUCGCGGUGUUUUCCGCGGGACAACACCAGGGACUUUGCUUCGUCGACUGAUCUCCGAAGCGUGGUUUGUCUCUCAUGCAAGCAACGCGCAGUGAUAUUAAACACAAAUUAAAAAAAACAGUCGACGAAGGUAAAAGUAGCCUCGUGAACUUCCCGAAAACACCCGAACGAAUCGAGUUCACCGUCCUCUCAUCGCUCAUCGCGCAUUCGAUUCAUCCGACAUACAAUCAUUUCAUGCAUUUUAAACUCAUCCAGUGAAGCAUUUCAUGACAUCAUGAGACAAUCGCGCACAUAAUCAAACCAGUGAGAGAGGAACAAAUCUGAAUUUUGAAUCAAAACACGAGAAAAAGUAAUUAGUUGUACCAUGUUCAUUUCAUUUUUUUUUUGUCCGAGAAAGAAAGUGAUAAGAUUUCUUUCCGCGAAAUGGAACUCAAGUUUACUAAGUAAAUACGAUAAAUAUGAGAAUAAAAAAUAAACAGAUAGAAAGCGAUCAAUCCAAGAGAAUGAUUAGACUGUACUGAUGUUUAGUGUGUAGGUGAAUAAUACAAAACAAAACAAAAUAAAAAAAAAGAAAUAAGCAGCGUUAAAUUACACAUUUUAAGAUAACCCUGGAAAGUGAUAAGAAGAUUUGUCUGUUCG